AUGCUGUCCUUGUUUGGCAUCUUCCUUGUUCUUGUUGCGUCUCUGGUCUUCAUCCAGUACCUGAAAUUGCAAUGGGCAACUAGAAGGCUGCCACCGGGACCAACUCCCUUCCCCAUUAUUGGAACCCUGUGGCAGAUGAACUUCGAAUUCUCUCAUGAGAACCUCAUGAAGCUGGCGCAACGUCAUGGGAAUAUUUGCACCAUUUGGGUGGGACAUUUCCCUCUGAUAGUACUCAAUGGAUUCCAAGCAGUAAAAGAAGGUCUGACCGCCCAUCCAGAAGAUGUUUCUGGCCGCCUGGUGUCACCUUUUUACAAGAGAGUGGGCAAAGAAAAGGGCAUCAUUUUUACUAGUGGCCAUGUGUGGAAGCAGCAGAGGCGCAUUGGGGUGAUGAGUCUAAAGAACCUGGGGCUGGGAAAGAAAGGCCUGGAGUCCCGAAUACAUGAAGAGGCUCAGCAUCUGUCAGAGGUCUUUGCUAACUCUAAAGGGCAACCUCUGGACCCAUCAUUCCAUAUCAUCCUCGCUGUCUCCAAUGUGAUAUGUGCUGUGGUUUUUGGGCAUCGCUUCUCUGAAGAGGACAAAACCUUCCAGCAACUGAUCAAAAAGACCAAUGAUCUGCUUCGCGUUGGAGGUGGCGUCUGGCAUAAUCUGUAUGAUAUGUUCCCCAGCCUUAUGGAGCAUUGCCCAGGACCUCUCCAGAAGGCGUUUUCUUCUGUUGAUUUCCUCCACUCUGUUGCAAGAAAUGAGAUUAGAAACCACAAGCAAAAUGAAUGGUCCAUGGAUGAUCCACAGGAUUUCAUUGAUUUCUACCUGGCACAGAUUGCAAAGAAUACAGGUGACCCCACCUCCACACUGGAUGAGAGCAACCUGGUUCAGAGCAUCUUUGACUUUUUCCUGGCGGGGACAGAGACAACAGCUACCACCAUGCGCUGGGCAGUGCUCUACAUGGUGGCCUAUCCAGACAUACAAGGCAAAGUCCAGAAAGAGCUGGAUGCUGUGCUGGGCUCUUCUCAGCUAAUCUGCUAUGAGGAUAGAAAGAAAAUGCCCUACACCAAUGCUGUGAUCCAUGAAGUCCAGCGCUUUGCCAACAUUGUUGCCGUGGGAGUCCCCAGAUUAAGUACAAAGGACACAACUCUCUUAGGUUUUCCAGUCCCAAAGGGCACCAUCAUUCUUCCAAAUUUGUCCUCCACCCUCUUGGAUUCUAAGGAGUGGGAGACGCCUCGUCGUUUCAACCCAGGUCACUUUCUGGAUCAAGAUGGAAACUUUGUGAAUCGAGAAGCUUUUCUGCCAUUUUCUGCAGGGCACCGUGUGUGCUUGGGAGAACAGUUGGCCCGGAUGGAGCUCUUCAUCUUCUUCACCAGACUGAUGAGGACGUUCACCUUUCAGCUGCCCGAAGGGGUGAAGGAAAUUAACAUGGAGUCCAUAAAGGGCCUGACAUUGCUACCCCAUCCGUAUGAUAUCUGCGCUGUUCCUCGCUAG